AUGGAUUCCAGUUCUGAACAACGAGAAAAGCACAAUCAAUACAUAACGGAACUACGGGAACAAGAUAGAUGGCUACCCAUAAACAACGUCGCUAGGUUAAUGAAAAACACAUUACCUGUAACGACGAAAGUGUCUAAAGAUGCUAAGGAAUGUAUGCAGGAAUGCGUUAGCGAGUUUAUUUCAUUUGUUACUAGUGAAGCAAGCGACCGAUGCGCUACUGAUAAGAGGAAAACAAUUAACGGCGAGGACAUAUUAAUAUCACUGCACGCCUUAGGUUUUGAAAACUAUGCGGAAGUUCUUAAGAUCUACCUAGCGAAGUAUAGACAACAGCAGGCUGUAAAGAAUCAAAUGAUGUUUGAAAGACGGGAUGAGGAGGGCGAAGGUGAACUAGGAGACUCGAAUUCUGUAGAUUUAGAUGAGCAGUUAAACCUCGAUCAUCGCCCAUCGCAGGAUGAUAAGGAUUUACAGCAGGACGAAGUUACGGACAUGAUAUCUAAUUAA